AUGGUUUGAAAAUUCCCACACUCACCGUCACCGCGAGCCCCAUCUCUCUCAUCUCUCUGUGUGAGCGUGAGCUACAAUAAUCUUGAUACUUAAACUCGCUGCGUGCCUAUUUGUGCGAUCCCUGUUUCUUCACCACCUCAGUUUGUUAUCACGUCUCCUUCUCAAAUUAAAUUUCUCUCAUUCUUUUUCCGUGUCAAAGGCCUCGCCUUUUGUUUCCUUAUGUCGAUUUGAACCAAGUUUUCUGGAUAAAAAACGCGAUUGAUGCGAUCCUGACAAACUUAGUUUCACCAAUUUUGAUCCUUUCUUCAUAUUGUUUGCUUAAUUUGAUUUAGGUUUUUUUGUCAAGUGUGUAUCCUUUGUGAACUGUGGAAAAGGGCUUAGUUUUCUUAGAUCUGCUCUUUUUCUCGGUGGCGUGCCCUUUUUGCUCAUUGUUGUCACUACUAUAUAAAGGCAUCUGUGCUGUGUGCUUUCUUGUUUCCGAUUUUAUUGUAUCUAGAAAAUUAGAGGGCCCCUGUUGAGGAUAAGGGUAGUCGAAAGCUCGUUUUUUUAAUAUAUUGGGAUGCUUAUUCUUAUUUCACUUGUUUGAAGAGAAGAGAAGAGAAGAGUGGAUUUUCAAGUUAACUUUUGGAUAGGAUAUCUCUUUGCUGGAUUCAGAAGAGCUGUUGAUAUCCCGUUUUAGGAAAUUCAACUAAUUUUUAUUGCUGGGGAUUCCAUACAUUGUUGGAAAAGUGGAUUCUAGGGAGUCUGAGAGGAUUGGAAAAUCUUCCAAGGGUUUCUUGUCGGAAUUCGUGACGGAUCCAAUUACAGAAAAUAGGGGGUGUGACUGUGUUGCUGGUCUGGAGUGCUUUCUAAAUGUAAUUAGGGCCCUGAGAAUGGGUUCCUGCUUUUCUGGAGAGAGCGGGAGCCCACAGUCCGGUUCUCCAGUGGGGCUUACAAAGAGGAGGAACUCAAAGCGGAGGUUUGGGUCUCGAAGUUCCUCCUUUGACUAUAGGAGGGAAGAGCUGUAUAGGACCCCGGGCCGGAUGUUCUUGAAUGGUUCAAGUGACAUUGCUUGUAUUUUUAGCCAGCAGGGCAGGAAAGGGACCAAUCAGGAUGCCAUGAUUGUUUGGGAGAACUUUGGUCCGAGAGCAGACACAGUGUUCUGUGGGGUAUUUGACGGCCAUGGUCCUUAUGGUCAUUUGGUUGCAAAGAGAGUUAGAGACUCUCUACCUCAGAAGCUGAAUGCACACUGGGAGGUCAAUAUAAAGGGUGAUGAUGUUCUAAGGGAAGUCAGUUUAAAUACAAGUAGUAUGUGCUCAGAAGAUACUUCCUUCUUGUCUGCUGAAGAGGAAAGUAGAACCUCCAUUGACAUCGAAGAAACUGGAAAGCAGCCAGAGAUCUUCCAGACAUUAAAGGAGUGUUUCCUCAAGGCCUAUAAGGUUAUGGACAGGGAGUUGAGAAUGCAUACAAAUAUCGAUUGCUUCUGCAGUGGAACAACAGCUGUAACCCUCGUGAAACAGGGCCAAGAUCUUGUGAUUGGAAAUGUUGGGGACUCUAGAGCCAUAUUGGCUACUAGAGAUGCAAAUAACUCACUUGCUGCAGUCCAGUUGACUGUGGAUCUCAAACCUAAUCUUCCAGCUGAAGCAGCUAGGAUUCGUAAAUGUAGAGGACGUGUUUUCGCUCUUCAGGAUGAACCCGAAGUGCCAAGGGUGUGGCUACCAAACAACAACUCUCCUGGCCUUGCUAUGGCACGUGCAUUUGGUGAUUUCUGUCUCAAGGACUUCGGUCUUAUUUCUGUUCCUGAGGUUUCUUAUAGGCGCAUUACUGAUAAGGAUGAGUUCAUUGUGCUCGCCACAGAUGGGAUUUGGGAUGUACUCUCAAACAAGGAAGUGGUUGAAAUAGUGAAUUCCUGCUCCACACGUUCAACUGCUGCUCGAACCCUAGUGGAGACAGCAGUACGGUCUUGGAAAUCCAAGUAUCCGACUUCUAAAAUAGACGAUUGUGCUGUUGUUUGCCUUUUCCUCGACUCAAACGAUUACUCUGCUUCAUGUAAAGAGAACAUCCCCACAGCUGAAGAGGAAGAUUGUCCUAGUCCAACUGGGCUGAACCGGUCUGGCACAGUCAUACACGUGAUGGAUGAAAAUGGAGAAGACUCGGAAGCUAAUGAGGACGAGGCAGAUGAGGAACAUGCAGUUGAGCACGAUUGGUCUGCUCUGGAAGGAGUGUCGCGUGUGAACACACUCAUAACGUUGCCAAGGUUCGUACCAGGGGAAGAUGACAUCAAAGCUGCAGAGUCUCGGAAGGGUAGGAAAUAAAUGAUGUGGGGUUUGCAUUUACUAUACUCGUGGCUCUGAUAUUUCAUUCUAAAAACAGUUUUUGAUUCUUUUUGCGGGAAAGGGGGGUUGUUUUCGUUAGAUGGUAGUGACGUUUGCGUUUGGUGGUGGAUGGGACGUCAGCCCAGCUUAUAUUAGAGCGGUCUGGGAGUCAUCCUCGGGCUUUGAUUGCCGUGGAUGGGAAUGGGAUAGUAUCCAUCUUCCCUACAUAUUUGUUUCAAUUCUUUUUCCAGUGUUUUGUUUGGUCACUCGAGAAAAUGUGACAUGUAUCACCGUAUGCUCAUAAGAAUCUGGCAUUUUCUUUGCUC